UGGCGACCAUAGCGACGUUUCGAUUAAAGUGACAUCCCGCUCAUUGAACUUUGUGGAUUAAUCUAUUUUAUUGUCUAUGUUGUUGUGAUCUUGUAAAUAUAAUUGCGUGAUAAUUUAUCGAAAUAAUUUAUUCAUUUAGAUACGCUACGCGAAUGUGGAGAUAUAUGGUAUGGCGGUGAACGCAAACGUUAUCUCCAGCGACAUAAGUCGAAGAAAUCCACAUGAUGAAUAUGAAAUCAUUCAGAGAAUUGGCAGUGGAACUUAUGGAGAUGUUUAUAAGGCUAAAAGACUGUCGAUGAAUGAUCUUGCUGCCAUAAAGGUUAUCAAAUUAGAACCAGGCGAUGAUUUUGCGAUGAUUCAGCAGGAAAUUUUGAUGAUGAAGGAUUGUCGACAUCCGAAUAUCAUUGCUUACUAUGGCAGUUAUUUGAGACGUGAUAAGCUGUGGAUUUGCAUGGAAUAUUGUGGUGGAGGAUCCUUACAAGAUAUAUAUCAUAUUACGGGUCCAUUGACUGAAAUUCAAAUAGCUUUUAUGUGUCGAGAAACUCUACUUGGACUGGCCUAUCUUCAUGGCAUGGGAAAGAUGCAUAGAGACAUCAAAGGAGCUAAUAUUUUAUUAACUGAAGCUGGAGAUGUAAAACUUGCUGACUUUGGUGUUUCUGCACAAAUAACCGCAACUAUUAAUAAACGAAAGAGUUUCAUUGGCACACCAUACUGGAUGGCACCAGAGGUUGCAGCUGUUGAACGCAAAGGUGGAUAUAACCAGUUAUGUGAUAUAUGGGCCUGUGGUAUUACGGCGAUAGAAUUAGCCGAAUUACAACCCCCAAUGUUUGAUUUACAUCCUAUGCGAGCACUAUUUCUUAUGUCCAAAUCGGGAUUUAAACCUCCAACACUUAAAGAUCGCGACAAAUGGAGUCCUACAUUUCAUAAUUUUGUUAAAGUUGCACUCACAAAGAAUCCUAAGAAACGACCUACGGCAGAAAAAUUAUUAGAGCAUGCAUUUUUCCAAGGAGAAAUGAGUAAAAGGCUGGCAUUAGAAUUAUUACAAAAAGUUUCAAAUCCAAGCCACAUGUUUACUGACUUAGAGGCUGACGAAGAUGGAGCUGUGCCAAAUGUACCUCAAAGAAUAGCUUCGAGACACACAACAAGACCAAGACCAAAGAGUCCGACUUUCCAAUUAGACAGUGAUGAUCAAAUUAAUCUUGACGGUGGAACACUUCUACGAGAUGCUGCUUCACUACCAAUUGAUAAAGAUAAUGCUGUUUGGGAUAUUAUGGAUAUCAUGAAUAAUGUUAAGACUGUUCAUAACUGUGAUGUUCAUCCUGACUGUGGUAUCGGUACAGCAUUUGAUGACGUCCCAGAAAAGAGUCUAUUGCAGUACAUUGAUGAGGAGUUAUUGCUAAGGGGAAAUGCAAUGUCAAUGGUUGAUGGGCAUUGCGACCAGCUAUACUCCCUGCAAGCCACACUUCCACUUGGCGAAUCUUCUAAUGAAUGCGAAGUACAUCGGAGUUUCUAUUCCAAUUUAACUGGGUCACAAGCAAGUCCCAGGCGUCACAGCUCUGUGGACGAGUUGUAUGGUCUGGUGAGCGGUUCCUUGUCAAUAUCAUCCGGAAACACUUCACGUCAGCGUUCAUUAUCGGACAGUGGGCCUAGAGAUGAUUCUUCACGAUGUAAUGGUGAUAAAGAGUCAUCGAGCCAUGGCGAUGAAGAAGGUGUUGGACCUGAUUUACUUUCUGACACUCCACCUGUUCCUCCACGACGAAGGGAUCGAAAGAGACACACUCCUCCGAGACCUACAAGCAAUGGGUUACCACCAACACCAAAGGUUCACAUGGGAGCAUGUUUUUCUAAGGUAUUCAAUGGUUGCCCCUUAAGAAUACAUUGUACCGCAAGUUGGAUUCAUCCGGAUACUAGAGAUCAGCACUUGUUAAUUGCUGCUGAAGAGGGAAUUUACAAUUUAAAUCUCAAUGAGCUCCAUGAAACAGCAAUUGACCAACUGUAUCCUAGACGUACAAUAUGGAUGUAUGUUAUUAAAGAUGUUUUAAUGUCUUUAUCAGGAAAAACACCGCAAUUAUAUAGACAUGAUCUAUUAGCAAUGCAAAGUAAGCAAACUCAUAGGUUUUCUUUGCAUAUGAAUAAAAUACCGGAAAGAUUAGUUCCAAGAAAAUUUGCUUUAACAACUAAAGUACCUGAUACAAAAGGUUGCAGCAAAUGCUGCGUUGGUAGAAAUCCUUACAAUGGUUAUAAGUAUCUCUGCGGUGCAAUGCCUGCUGGAAUAUUUUUGAUGCAGUGGUAUGAUCCACUGAAUAAAUUUAUGCUGCUAAAACAUUUCGAAUGUUCACUACCUUCACCACUAAAUGUUUUCGAAAUGAUUAUCACACCAGAAAUGGAAUAUCCAAUGGUUUGCGUAUCUGUUAAACAAGCUUAUCAACAAAAUAAAUUAAAACUUGAUUUAAUAAAUAUGAACUCUGGCGCUAGCUGGUUUCAUAGUGAUGAAUUAGAGGAUAUAGACGGCUCAGCGACUGUUAUUCCAAGAAGAGAAAAUUUACAAGUAAUAAAUGUCACGCAAUUUGAAAAAGAUUCUAUUCUUGUCUGUUAUGACAAUGUUGUUAAGUUUGUAACAUUACAAGGAAAACCACGGACAAGUAAAAAACAGUUAUCUGAGUUACAAUUCAAUUUCCAAAUCGAAUCAAUCAUUUGUCUACCUGACAGCGUGCUAGCAUUUCAUAAGCAUGGAAUGCAAGGGAGAAGUUAUAAAAAUGGAGAAAUAACACAGGAAAUAAGUGAUCCAAGUCGAACAUACAGAUUACUGGGUUCUGACAAAGUGGUAAUGUUAGAAAGUCAUUUAGUCCAUUCAGGCACAUUAACAGAAUCCGAAGGAGCAGAUUUGUAUAUACUCGCUGGACAUGAAGCCAGCUAUUAAUUUUCAAGUUCCGGUUCUGUUUUGCCAAUAAAACGGGUUUGUGCAUCAAACGGAGUAUAAAUACUAUUAAAAGUAAGUUGAUGUUUACGAGAAAUAGGGAAAGCAUGCAGUUUUGUGAUUAAAUUCAAACUCCCGUUUAUUACUAAAUAAGGAGACAAUGAUUGAAACCUGUAGGUGAUUAGACAAAUGUAUGUAAUUUAGGGAUCUACGCCUUUAUAUUUCUUUAAUAAGCAUCAGAUUUUUAAUUACUGGGAUAAUGUGAUAUGAAAAGAAAUUCCAGUUAAAAAGACGAUUUUUUCAUUAUUUCUUACAUACUCAAACGUUAACUUUUUCUUUUGAUUAUUACUGAUUGAACACAAGUAGGAAAAUCAUUUUAUCAAUUGGUGCAUAAUUAAUAAUUGCAGCAAUAAUAGGAAUGACAUUAGUCAUUUUUAUUGUUAUCUUUUAUCUAUUAUGUAUUUAUUAUCAGAUUAAAUUUCAUUAUAGUUCUGAUAUUAAUUUACCAAAGUAUUCAAUUAAUGAAUUAAUUAACGAUUUAUUGUAGUAUUAAUAAAGUAUUCGAUGACAAUUAUGCAAGUAUGGAAAUACUACCUUCAAUUUUAAAGUGAACUUUGAUAGAAAAAAGUAAGUGAAAAAAGAGAAGUUAACUUUUCAUUUAAUUCAAUAGUUAGAUUAUAAUAAAUGUGACGGGAUAUCAUUUUUAAUAAUUUAUUAAAUUUUCAAAAAUAUUUUUUUUAAAGCCUUUGAUAUUAACAAAAUUGUUAAUGAAUUUUAAUCACUUUAAUUUGGCGCGAAGUUUUAUGAAAAUAAAUACUUGUCUUAAAAAAAAAAUUUUGCCAAUUAGGUAAACGAAAAGAGAAAAUUAAGUAAAUGAUAUUAGAGUGCCGCGAGCAUAAGUGGUGUAAACGUAAGACUACAGUUGAAAUGCUGAUGAAUGUUACAUUUGUCAAAUUUAUUUAUUCUUGUAUGUAUGUAUAGAAAUGUUUAAUUGAUAUGAAUAAUAAUUAUAAGAAUAAAGAGCUAAAUUAUGCGGAGAUAAAAUAAUGAAAAUUUUAAGAAAAAGUGUAAAUAUGUAUAGAUAUUG